AUGAAGGCUUACGCCCACCUGUUGGCUAUAUUUUUCCUGCUAUGGGGCAGCGGCGGCGGCGAGGCUCGGGCCAUCCAGGACCCGAAUCGCAUCAUCAACGGCCGGGGCAUGGCCAACUACGGCGAGUUCCCGUACUACGCGAUGCUGCUCAGCCGCCAGGGCUGGGGCUUCGGGUCGUUCUGCGGCGGCAGCCUCAUCACCGUGCGACACGUGCUGACCGCGGCCCACUGCGUCUAUCAAAACUCGCCGGACAACUUCCUCGUCGAGCUCGGCUCGGUACAGGUGGGCCAGGGCAUCAGGCACUACGUGUCGCGAGUCGCCUGGCAUCGCAACUACUUCUUCGACUACAUCGCGCACGACGACAUCGGCAUGGUCCACUUGAAGACCGACGUGACCUUCAGCAGCGUCAUACAACCGAUCGCUCUGCCUCCGGCCGGUGCCAACUUCGCCGCUGGAAGCCGAGUCAUCGUGACCGGUUACGGAGCUACGUAUCCCGGUGGACCGGCCGUCAACGAGGUCAACGUCCUCUACACCGAAACGAUGGCCAGAGAUAACUGCCGCAACCAUUACGACAACUACAACGUCAGGGGAUUCUGCACCUACACCCCACAGGAGAGCGCCUGCGGAGUGAGUAUAUAAAUCGAAACUUGCAUCGCGUCCUCGAUAUCGAUCUAAUAUAUUGCUAAUUAUCCAUUGAUUCGCAGGGCGACAGCGGCGGUCCAUUGACGGAUA